GUUUGAAAUAAAUAAAAAAAGAGCUCGCGCACACCGUCGCGCAAGCGCGCGCCCGACGCUACGUCUCGCCGUGUCUUCCUCUCCCGAAUGUCGGGCUCGUUCGCCGAGGGUGCGUUUAUCGGACCUCCGUACGCAUGCAGACCGCGAUAACGCUCGACGGAGUGUAAAAGGCCCCUCGCCCGGAAACGCCGCAUCCGCGUCCCUACGACUAUAAUGGCAAAGAUGACAGCGGCGUUAUCUCUGCUUACGGUGUACUUCGUUGUUACGACAUUCGCCCUGAACAACGAGGAACUGGUGGAGCAGGAAUGCCCUGUGGAUUGCCACUGUCACUACUUUCGCGUUAACUGGGUGACGGACUGCUCGGACAGCAAUCUGACGACCAUCCCGUACAACGAGCUCAGCCAGAAUGUCUAUAUUUUAGACAUGAAUGAUAACAAUAUUGCAGACAUCAUUCCGUUUCCAAACUCGAUCAAGUUGAGGCGUCUUCAAAUGGCACACAAUCAAUUAACUGAGCUGACGUACGAAUCAUUUGCCGGGUUGACGUACCUCCUGGACGCGGACUUCUCAUAUAACGCCAUUACGCGGGUAGAUCCCGAAGCCUUUCGGGACAGUCCGGGUCUAAUUACAUUGGAGCUCCAACACAAUCCCUUGGACGAGAUCGAGGAACCUUUCCUGAAUUGCCGCACGCUGCUGUAUCUCGAUCUGAAUUCAUGCGGUAUCCGCCACCUCACCACGCGCUUCUUCUACAACACGACGAAUUUGAAUAAGCUCGACCUGUCGCACAAUCCUCUGCAAAGGAUAGAGCCGGGCCCCUUCGACCAUCUGACGAAUUUGGAAUACCUCAAGCUGAACGGAUGUAAUUUAACCUACAUAUCGCCCGAGGCGUUUUCCCACUUGGAAAAUUUGCGACAAUUAGAGAUAGCGGACAAUGAAUUGAAAACGUUGAAUUGGAGGAGCGUUCUCACGCCGUUGGUACGGUUGGAACAUCUGGACAUCCGCAAGACCGGUAUCACGAAUCUACCGGGUGAUGCCUUUGCCAAAAACUUAUAUCUUCUACAGUUGGUCCUCGCGGACAAUGAAUUGUGGCACCUCGAUGUCGAGGAUACGCUCGGCCACAAUUUGCACAGUCUACAAUCUCUAGACUUGUCAAAUUGCAAUUUGCAAGAUCGCUUAUCUGAGGAGGCUUUCAGAAAUGCAAGCAAGUUACGCGUGCUCAAUCUGAGCGGUAAUCCAAUGUUCGCCAGCGAUUUAACUGCCGUUCUGCGCCAUCUACCAAAGCUUCAUAAGCUUUCCCUCAGCAACUGCAGUCUUCGAAGAUUACCAAAUACCUUUGAUGUAUUUGAACACCUUGAGGAACUCGAUAUUUCCCAUAAUCCAUUAUCCGACGCAUUCGUCAGUCUUCUCAACCCGUUAAGCGCUUUGGAAUAUUUGGAUAUGUCGUAUUGCGGUCUCGGUUAUGUUGGAAAUAAGACUUUCGCGCAAAUGACCUUUCUGAAACAGUUGAUUCUUUCGGGAAAUGAACUGCAUACUCUGGAGGAAGGAUUGUUCGCAAAUUUAACGCGCUUGGAAAGCUUAGAGCUCAACAAUUGCGAUCUCAAGACACCCAUUGAUCCAAAAGUCUUUGGUGACCGCCAAUCGACUGACAUAGUAGAACUCAAACUCAGUGGUAAUCCGUUAAUCGUACCUGAUGAGGGCUCGCUACUUUCUACACAGCUGUCCAAUUUGGAGAUCUUGGACCUUAGCAACUGUGGCAUCUCGCAUUUGAACGAAGAUUUAUUUGCCACAACGAAUAAUCUCACUCAAUUGAAUCUUUCAGGCAACACAAUAUCUGGUGUGGAAAAUCUGAGUUUUCUGAAAAAAUUGCGCGCGCUAGAACAUAUAGAACUCAGUAACAACAAACUGCGCACGAUCAAUCCAAAAAUAUUCAAAUUAAAUCCACGGUUGCUGUCGGUUAAUCUCAUGGGGAACCCGUUUAUUUGCAAUUGCUCUAUCGCGGAGACCUGGGAUUGGGCUAUACAUGAGAAAGGUGAUCUUCAUGUGCUUGUUGGCAGCCAGCCGGCUAAUUUUGAAACUGGUUCCGUAAAACGAAGAAAGACUCUCUCCUGCGCCUACGACGAAGAAACGUAUCGGAACAUAAUAGACAGCAAUCAGGCAACCACAAGCCGCAAACAUUAUCCCAGCCAAUUUACGCCUUCUCGUACUUGGGCUAAAUACGUUCGUGAGUCUAAUUGUAAUCGGCGUUUAUGAUACGCGGCAACUAUCAAGUAUCAACAUCCGAUGUUGAACGUUUACAACCGUAAGGUAUGUAAGCACAAACGGGAACUUUGAGCAAGUUCUACGCUACUAAAUACCAUUGCAACAUCGUCAUAUCAACAAGCCAUAAACUAAUAUAACAAUAUUGUGAAAUUUAUAUUUCCGUGGCACUAUUUUUGUAGUCAUAGGAUUAAGGCAGAUCUGUAAUAGUUUACAUAUUAGAAAGUAUCGUAAAGUAUUUCCGUAUUGAAACGUUACUAAGUCAAAAAAAUACUCGGUUUUGUAUAUACAUAUAUUACUCGUUUUUGUACAUAGUAUUAUAAUAAUUCUUGUUCUCUCUCACUCUCGUCGAUCAGACUACGUCUUCUACAUCCAAUUCAAUAAAUACUUAGCCGAAUAUUAGAAUGGAUGAGCUGCCAAUGAUCGACGAUUAAAUUAAAAAAAAAA